CGGGGAAGCCACUAGGCGGUCCUCAUGGGAAUGCGCCGUACACAUAACCUCUUUCCCUUCACAUUCUACACAUCCUUAAGAAGCUGUUUUAAACACUUAAGUGUGCUUGUUUCAGAAUGUAUUUGUACAGCGCUUCCAGAUUAUGUUGUACGGAAGAGGGGACUGUGAUGCCGUGCAAUUCCCCUUUGCCUUUUUCACUACAGGGCGCCGCCAUCUUGAACAGAGGCGUAUCAAAGGGCUCGCCAUUUUGUGUGGUCGGGCGGGUAUUUCCGGUUCCGGCGGGCGUCGGCUCGCUCUCUUUCACUGCAAGGCGGCGGCGGGAGUAGCUGUGGUGCUGGCUUCUCUGAGCCAUCUAGUGCCAUCCUCGUCGGUGCAGCGGCACACGCGCUCUCCGCCGCCAUGACUGAGCAGAUGACCCUUCGUGGCACUCUCAAGGGCCACAACGGCUGGGUAACACAGAUCGCUACUACUCCUCAGUUCCCGGACAUGAUCCUAUCCGCCUCUCGAGACAAGACCAUCAUCAUGUGGAAACUGACCAGGGAUGAAACCAACUAUGGAAUUCCACAGCGUGCUCUUCGAGGUCACUCCCACUUUGUUAGUGAUGUGGUUAUCUCCUCAGAUGGCCAGUUUGCCCUCUCAGGCUCCUGGGAUGGAACCCUGCGCCUCUGGGAUCUCACAACGGGCACCACCACGAGGCGAUUUGUGGGCCAUACCAAGGAUGUGCUGAGUGUGGCCUUCUCCUCUGACAACCGGCAGAUUGUCUCUGGAUCUCGAGAUAAAACCAUCAAGCUAUGGAAUACCCUGGGUGUGUGCAAAUACACUGUCCAGGAUGAGAGCCACUCAGAGUGGGUGUCGUGUGUCCGCUUCUCGCCCAACAGCAGCAACCCUAUCAUUGUCUCCUGUGGCUGGGAUAAGCUGGUCAAGGUAUGGAACCUGGCUAACUGCAAGCUGAAGACCAACCACAUUGGCCACACAGGCUAUCUGAACACAGUGACUGUCUCUCCAGAUGGAUCCCUCUGUGCUUCUGGAGGCAAGGAUGGCCAGGCCAUGUUAUGGGAUCUCAACGAAGGCAAGCACCUUUACACCCUAGAUGGUGGGGACAUCAUCAACGCCCUAUGCUUCAGCCCUAACCGCUACUGGCUCUGUGCUGCCACAGGCCCCAGCAUCAAGAUUUGGGAUUUAGAGGGGAAGAUCAUUGUAGACGAACUGAAGCAGGAAGUUAUCAGCACCAGCAGCAAGGCAGAACCACCCCAGUGCACCUCCCUGGCCUGGUCUGCUGAUGGCCAGACUCUGUUUGCUGGCUACACAGACAACCUGGUGCGAGUGUGGCAGGUGACCAUCGGCACCCGCUAGAAGUUUGUGGAACAGCUUUACAAAUUAAAGGAAAAAACUGGCUUUUUUGACUUUUA